GAGUCGGCUCCACCUCUCGCGAGAAACUCGAUCCUGGGAGCCGGCGGCCGCGGAGGUCGGGGCGAGAGUGAGCACCUGGCUGCAGCUUUGAGGUGUACCAGCAUUGCAAGAAUGGCUGCUUUUGGGAUCUCAGCAGGCCAGUGUGUGGCAGUGGUCUGGGAUAAGUCAGCUCCAGUGGAGGCUCUGAAAGAGUUGGUGGAUCAACUUCAAGGGCUAACUGGUGAUGCAGGCCAAGUGUCUGUGGAGAACAUCAACCAACUGCUGCAGUCCGCACACAAAGAGUCUAGCUUUGACUGUAUUCUGUCUGGGAUCGUUCCUGGAAGUGCCACGGUUCAUAGUCCUGAGGUUUUGGCUGAGAUGGCCCGGAUCCUUCGGCCUGGUGGCUCUCUUUUUUUGAAAGAGCCAAUAGAGACAGCUGCAGUUAACAACAGCAAAGUGAAGACAGUGUCUAAGCUGUGCUCAGCCCUGACUCUUUCUGGUCUAGUGGAAGUUAAAGAGCUGCAGCAGGAGUCCCUGAGUCCCGAGGAGCGGCAAUCUGUCAUAGAACACCUGGAUUACCAGAGUGACAGCUUGUUGUCUGCUCAGGUCACGGGCCGGAAGCCCAACUUUGAAGUGGGCUCUUCUACGCAGCUUAAGCUUUCUUUUGCCAAGAAGACGCCUUCAGGGAAGCCUGCUGUAGACCCUGCUGCCGCCAAGCUCUGGACGCUCUCGGCCAAUGACAUGGAGGAUGGGAGUAUGGAUCUCAUUGACUCUGAUGAACUCCUAGAUCCAGAGGAUCUGAAGAAGCCAGAUCCAGCUUCUCUACGGGCUGCUCCCUGCGGGGAGGGGAAGAAGAGAAAGGCCUGCAAGAACUGUACUUGUGGCCUUGCAGAAGAACUGGAGAAGGAGAAGUCCCAGGAACAAAUGAGUGCCCAGCCCAAGUCGGCCUGUGGGAAUUGCUACCUCGGGGAUGCUUUCCGCUGUGCCAGCUGUCCCUACCUGGGAAUGCCUGCCUUUAAGCCUGGGGAGAAGGUGCUCCUGGACAAUCUCAGUGACGCCUAAGAGGCCUCCAUCUCCACUGUGCUCACCUCCGUGGGGCUCACACCUCUCCUGAGAUCCAUGUGCCGGGAGGAGCCUGCUCCGUUGUGCCGAUGACUCAGAAAACCAGGGGACCAUGAGGCCACCUUGCCCAUUACUCCAGCAAGUGUGGGGAGGGGUUGUCCUGGAGAGAACCCCACUUCCCUCCUCCAGUGUGGACCCCUGCACUCCCGGGGCUCAGGCCUCCUCAAGUAUUAAUGCCCAGGCCAGGCAGCGGCAGUGCCCCUGCUCCCCUUCCAGAGUCGGGGUCACUCCUACACGCAGGUCUCACAACCUUCUCAGGGCACUGGAAGACUUACCCCUUAGUUGCUGUGACACGUCCAGUGUCCCUGUGCUCCUCCACUCUGUCCUGGCAUUUCUGUUCAUCUCCACAUAUUAAACUUGUGUACUUCCCAGA